CGGAAGCGCUGUCCGAGGCCCGCAGCUGGGGAGGGGAUCCCUCAGCGCGCUGGCGACUGAGAGCUGUUUUUUUCCGCGAAGAAUUUCGGUUAUUAGAAGAAAUGGCCAAUCAUCGUCCACCAAGUUUUUUUAUAGAAGAACUUAAUGUAUACUGUCAGAAGCACAACAUGGUACUUAAGUAUCAGGAACUGUCUAAGACAGGACCUCCACAUAACUUAAGGUUUAAAUACCAAGUUAUCAUAGAUGAGAAAGAAUAUCCAGAAGCUGAAGGUAAAUCGAAGAAGGAGGCCAGAAAUGCUGCAGCCAAAUUGGCGAUUGAAAUACUUAAUAAAGAAAACAAGGCAGUUAGUUCUGUAUCACUGCCAACAACACAUUCAUCAGAAGGAUUAGGAUUAGGAUCCACUGGGAAUUUCAUAGGCCGUAUCAAUAGGCUUGCCCAGAAGGAACAACUGUCUGUAAAUUAUGAACAAUGUGAAUUGAAAGAACCUGGGCCUGAAAGAUUUCAUUGUAGAUGCAAAAUUGGCCAGAAAGAAUACGGUAUUGGUGUAGGUAGUACUAAGCAAGAAGCCAAACAGUCAGCCGCUAAGCUUGCGUAUGAGCAGAUACUUUCAGAGAAAACCUCAAUGAAAGCUGACUCGUUAUUAGCUGGUUCUUUGAUUACUUCGCCUGGUGACUCUGGAAGGAACACUUUGGUGAAAAGCAUAUCUGCUUCUGAAUCACCAUCUGAAAAUGAUUUCUUGGAAAAUUCAUCAGGAGGAAGUUGUGACAGGGGCCGUGUAAACAAUUCUUCAUCUCCUAUGGACAAUGUCAGAAAUAGUGAAAAGAAGGUAAAAAGAAGUUUGGCACCUACAUUUAACUCUCCUGUGACAAAAGACAGCAGGUGUUCUGUGGAACUCAGGUUUACCAGCGAUUUUACAGAAAUAGAACCGAUUGGCUCAGGUGGAUAUGGCCAAGUUUUCAAAGCAAAACACAGAAUUGAUAGGAAGACUUACGUUGUUAAACGUGUUAAAUAUGAUAGCGAGAAGGCAGAGCGUGAAGUAAAAGCUUUGGCAGCUCUCAAUCACCCAAAUAUCGUUCACUACUACAGCUGCUGGUUUGGCGAUGAUUACCAUUCUGUGGACAGCAUUAACACUUCAAGACCAAAGACUAAGUGCCUUUUCAUCCAAAUGGAAUUCUGUGGUAAAGGGACAUUGGAGCAAUGGAUUGACAGCAGAAGAGGCCAGACACCAGACAAACAUUUGGCUUUGGAAUUGUAUGAACAAAUAACAACAGGUGUGGAUUAUAUACAUUGCAAACAGUUAAUCCAUAGAGACCUUAAGCCAGGUAACGUGUUUUUGGUAGAUACAAAACAAGUAAAGAUAGGAGACUUUGGACUUGUGACAUCCCUGAAAAAUUACGCAAAUCGGACAAGGAAUACAGGAACUCUUCGAUACAUGAGCCCAGAACAGAUUUCUUUACAAGAAUAUGGAAACGAAGUGGACAUCUUUGCUUUGGGGCUAAUUCUCGCGGAACUCCUUUACAUAUGUCCCACUGUUUCAGAAACAUUACAGAUUUUUAAAGAGCUAAGGGACGGCAAGUUCUCAGACGUAUUUGAUGGCAGAGAAAAAAUUCUUCUGCAAAAAUUACUGUCACCCGAACCCACGAAACGGCCUCAUGCAUCUGAAAUACUGGAGACUUUGAAGGAGUGGAGGAAUGUAAAAGAGAAUAAGAAACAAAGCACAUGUUAGAGCUCUUCUAAAAAAAGUAUCCUGCCUUGGAUAUUCAAUUUUUCUAUAACUGUCUAAAAUCUUCUAGGGACACCUAUUGGGUAUUUACCUUCUAUUUUUAUUUUCCUCUUAAUUUUUCACUAAAUUUUAAGAAGGUUUGAAUCUUUUUUUUUUUUUUUUUUUUUUUUUUUACUUCAAAAACAUUCAGACACUUUUCUUUUCCUGAGCUUAUCUUCUUAUUAUAAACAUAGGGGAGAAUAUCUCUCAAAUUUUUAAAAUAUUAGCAAAUCAAUUAAUAUUCAUUAAAUGUCCACUGUUUCUAGGCCAAAAAUAUAUGAGAUCUCUCACUGUUUGAAAUAGCUAAUUUAGAGAAAUAUGGUACUCAUAAGAAGAUAAGUGAUAUACAAUCACUUUGGAAAACAAUUUGGUAUGAUCUGGUAAAGUUGAAGGUGUAUAUACCCUCAAAGCCAUCAAUUUGGUUCCUACAUGCUUGCCUACCAGAAUGUUCAUAGAAACCUUGUUCAUAACAGCCAAAAGAACAAAAAACAAUGUACAUCACAAGAAGAAUGGAUAAAUGUAUUUUUUCAUACAUUGUAAUACUAUAUAGCAGUGAAAAUGAACGAAUUAUAUAGCUAAGUGCAAUAACAUGAUACAUCUCUGAGGAACAUAAAGUUAAGCCAACAAAGCCAGUUACAGAAAACAUAUACAGAAUGAUUCUAUUUACAUAAAGUUGCAGACCACGCUAAAUGAAAUACUUUGUUUAGAAAUCCAAACAAAUGUGGUAAAACAAUAAAGGGAAAGAAAGGAAUAAGAAAUUCUACAUUUUGAUGGUGGUUUUCUGACGAGGGAUGGAAGUGGUGUGAUAGGGGAAGUAAACUUCAAAGAUAACAGUUCACUUUGUUUUAAGUUUAUUUAUUUAUUUACUUUGGAGAGAGAGAGAGGAGAGAGAAUUCCAAGCAGGCUCUACACU